AUUAACCUCAAAUUAAAAACGCGACCCAUAACCCCAAAAACAAAUUUCUUCAGAAGUAUCUAACUUAUGCGUUAAACUAAAUUUCUUAUUAUCAAUUCUUAAGGGUAUUACCAACAACGCAAUCAAAAUAAUGAAUACUGAUGAUCAUAAUUAUUUCAAACAACCAUUUAAUUGCACAACAGCGACACUACAGACAUACAACUGCGACAAAUGCGACUUUGAGACCGACUUGCAAAUCCUCUUAAAGCAACAUGUGGAGUUGUGUUAUCAAAAUGGAGAAAAAACUGAUCCAAUUCCUGAGUUUUUAAUCACAUACAAGUGUGAGUUUUGCGAUUUCAAAUCAAAUUCGGAAUUUCUGUUCCUGAGACAUGAGUAUCGCACUCACUUCAAACCUGAAAACAUUGUAGCUGAGCCAAAAGUAGAAAAAAAUGAAAGCUCAUUUAAAACUCGUUCGGGAAGCAUUACAGCGACAAGUCCUGAAGAAAAAGUCACUGUUUUUAGAUGGCCGCCUUGUUCUUAUAAUGGAUAUCACAAUAGGAGACCUAAAAUUCGCAGAAAAAAGAGGAUUUCACAACGUUGGAAAAGAAAAAAAAACUUAGAACCAUUUUGUAUUGCUCAAGUUGAGAGAGAAGUGAACCGACAAAAAGGGAUAAUUGAAGAAAGAAGAUUUGGACAUGUAACUGCAGACAAUGAGAUAAUUACACCCAAGGAUCAUAUAGUCAGUAGAAAAAAAACAAAAUUGGACACCAUUACUCAAGAGAUUUGUAAAAUUGGCAAGGUUUGGACUGUCAAGGAAAAUGAAGAUGAAACUGCUAUUCAUUAUAAACGUAAAAGGAACACAACUUUUGAAAACACAUCUUCCAAACAUCCAAAAGUCAUUGAUGAUGCAGUAGUGAAGAUCAGUGAAGAUUUGUCAAUGAAUGAAGAAGCUUUCAGCAUUAAGCAAGAAAUUGAUGAAAACACAAUUGAAACUACAAUUCAAGAAAUAGGUAUAAAGGGAAAAAAUGUCACGAAAUCUGAUUUUUUAAAACAUAAAACAAAGUUUAUGUGUAGUAAAUGCGGUUACACGGUUCGAAAGUUUAGAGACCUGCAACAGCAUUGUCUUAAAGAAGUGUGUUUUGACAGUCCCAAAGAUGUUUAUAAAAAUAAAAAAUCAGUGAAGAAAGUGGACACGAAACGUAGCAAGAAAAAUAAAACAAAAAAACUUGUUACAAACACGGAAAGAACUAGUCAUAAUAACGUUAAGGAUACCACAAAAACAUUGAAGACUAUCUACUCUGCACUAGAUAAGAAGUGUGAUAUAGCUCCAAAUUGUGACAAACUGAAACGUAAACCUAGAAUAAUACGGAAGAAAAAUAACGAAAAAUUGAAACCGGACAGCAGUCAUAAAAAAAUUAAUAAAUUAAAAGAUGAAAGAAUAGUUUGCAAAUAUGGAAAAACACUAAUGAUAAACAUUGAUAAAAAUGUUAGUGACAUAGUAGAGACUUGCAAAUUAGUUAACAGUGAUGCAAAAGAAAGAAUUAACAGUGAAAAAGUAGCAGAUAUCACUAGUGAGGAUCUAAUGAAGAUCCAUGAAAACAUGAAAAAAGGACAAAAUAGUGACAGUACAGUGCAAUCUCUCAAUACAAAGACAUGGAAGACAUUGCGUGAAGAAUCGUAUGAAGAAAUUUCAGAAGUAGAUAACAACAAGAAAUGUGGUAUAACCCCAAAAUGUGAUAAACCGAAAAGUAAGCGUGGAAGAUCUCGGAAGACUUCUUCUUGUAAUAUAAAACUGAAACGUAAACCGCAGAAGAAAAGUAAUGAAGAAGAUGUAAUAUAUGAUGGAGGAAGAAUAAUUGGUAGUUAUCAAGUCGACGAUGGAAAAACACUAAUGAUAAACACUGAUAAAAAUGUUAGUGACAUAGAAGAAACUUACAAAUUAGUUAACAGUGACGAAAAAGAAAGAAUUAUCAGUGAAAAAGUAGCAGAUAUCACUAGUGAGGACCUAGGGAAGAUGCAUGAAAACACGAAAAAAGGACAAAAUAGUGAUAUAACCAAGAUAUUGCGUAAGGAAUCGUAUGAAGAAAUUUCUGAAGCAGAUAACAACAAGAAAUGUGGUAUAGCCCCAAAUUGUGAUAAACCGAAAAAUAAGCGUGGAAGACCUCGGAAGACUUCUUCUUGUAAUAUAAAACUGAAACGUAAACCGCAGAAGAAAAGUAAUGAAGAAGAUGUAAUAUAUGAUGGAGGAAGAAUAAUUGGUAGUUAUCAAGUCGACGAUGGAAAAACACUAGUGAUAAAAACUGAUAAAGAUCUUAGUGACAUGAGAGAGACUUGCAAAGUAUUUAACAGUGAAAGCUCAACGGUGAAGAUCCAUGAAAACAUGAAGAAAGGACAAACUGGUGAUAUAAUCACUGGUAUGGAAGCAAUACAACCGGACAGUAGUCAUAAAAAAAAUAGUGAAUUAAGAGAUGUAAGAAUAGAGAGACUUGAUGAUGUAGAAGAUAUCACUAGUAAUGAUUUAAGUUCCGAUUAUGACAAUGAAAAUCUACCAGUCGAAAUUAUUGGUGAUGGAAGCAACAAUGAGACAGCUAACAGAAAGAACAAUAACGAAGAAAUGUGUGGAAAAAUUAAUGUGAUCAGUAAUCAAUUAAUCUGGAGUCCAAGGGAUGUAAUAUGUGGAAGAAAAGUAAUUGACAAUAAUCAAAUCAGCGAUGAAAAAACACCAGUGAUGAACACUGAUGAAAGAGAGACGUGUAAAGUAGUUAACAGUGAUGCAAGAGAAAAAAAUAACUGUGAAGAUGUAGCAAAUAUAACUAGUACCAAUUGUAACAAGGAAACAUUUGACAUUGAAAAUUUACCAGUGGAUAUUAUUAGUGACGGAAGCAACUUUUGGAAUAGUGAGACAGUUAACAGUGAAAACACCACGGUGAAGAUCAAAAGUAAUGACAUUACCACAAGUACAAACAGUUUAGUUUUGUGUAGAACAACAAUUCAGACUGAGUAUUUUCUUCUAAAUCCAUCUACUUCUCCAACAAGGGCCAACAGAAAUAAUUUGAACAUUAGUACUGUCGUUCCUUCAAAUAUUUUUGUGGCUUUGCAUAAUAGUGCAACAAAUCUAAAGAAUAUAUUGCCUAAACCUGCACCACCAAACAUCGUUUCAAACAUUUUGGCAAAAACAUACAAUGCAAAUACAGCAAAUUUAAAAAAUCCAGUCAUAAUUCGUCAAGUUUCACCUCCAAAUUUUGAGAGUGAAAAAAGAAGAGUAGACAAUUUCAGCGUUAUUUCUGAAAAAACACCAAAUCCUGAAGAAUGGUUGGAUGCUUCGAAGAACGAAGAUAAUGAUAUAACCAAGAUAUCGCGUAAAGAAUCGUAUGAAGAAAUUUCAGAAGCAGAUAACAAUAAGGAAUGUGUCGUAGCCCCAAAUUGUGAUAAACCCAUAAGGAAGCGUGGAAGACCUCGGAAGACUUCUUCUUACACUUGUAAUAUAAAACUGAAACCGCAGAAGAAAAAUUACGAAGAAAUGCAACCGGACAGCAAUCACAAGCGCCCAAUCAUAAUUCGUCAAGUUUCACCUCCAAAUUUUGACAGUGAAAAAAGAAGAGUAGACAAUUUCAGCGUUAUUUCUGAAAAAACACCUGAAGAAUUGUUGGAUGCUUCGAAGAACGAAGAAAAUAAGCAAAGUGAUUCUUUCAAGUGUCUGCACUGUUCAUAUAAAUGUCCCGACGUUUCUCAUUUGUUAAAACAUAUGCAUGAUACUCAUGUGGUACCAGAUUUGUUAUCCAGACAUUUAGAAAAGGAUCAAAUUGAGAUGGAGGUUACAGCUGAAAAUGUUUCUGAUUUUAUAAAAUCAUGUAGGAAGGGAGAUUCCGACUUUUUUAAAUGUGUCAAAUGUUUUUUUGAAAGUAGGACUCUAGUCGAUCUUCGAAAUCAUUACAUAGAAGCUCAUUUUUAUGGACAAAUUGAGUAUAGUUGUGCAGAUAAAUGGUAUACAUGUGUACGUUGUAAAUGGAAAACGAAGGAUGUUUUCAUUUUACGAGACCACUUGCGUGAUAUCCAGAUUGCCCGAAGGAGAUUUCUUCCAAAAGUCAAUCAGGUAGAAAACGAAAACAUUAAGUCGAAAUCCACAGUUGAUUUAACCCUUGGAAAUGAUGUGGUGUUGAUUCCUAAUGAAUAUUUUACAAUUGGUGAAAAAUUGUUCAAAUGCAAGAGAUGCAAUUUCCAAGGUACAAGCACUAAUCAAAUGGAAAAUCACUUUUAUGUAAGAUCUUCGACGCAAAAUGUUUCAUGUGUGCAAAUACAGUGGCAUAAAUGUGAACAUUGUCCCUACAAAUGUCGAACAAUUGUUACUUUGGUAUACCAUAUGCGCAGCGAACAUGGUGAAUUUACAACAAAUUAUAUGACACGUUCUCAGUUAUUAAAACAUCUAUCAGAAGAUGAAAAAUAUGAUAAAAGUAUUACUGCCCAAGACCUCGACCAUUAUCGAAAAUCAUGUGCUAAGACACAAACCGGUUUUUUUCAAUGUACGAUUUGUAAUGAUAAACUUCGAAAUUUAAAUGCGAUACAAAGACAUUUUUUUAGUCAUUUCUUCGGGAUUUUAACAAUAAAAAAUAAGAUUAGGGCUAAAACUAAAUGGUAUUGUUGUUUACGAUGCUCGUACAAAUCUAAGUACAUCGAAGAUCUUAUGAGUCAUUUGCAGGAAGUCAUAUCUGCUAGGAAUAAGAUUAACAAUAGGGCUGAAACUGGAGGAGAUCAAGAAGUAAAAACUUCUGAUGAAGAUGAAGAAGAUACAACAAUUGGAGAAAAACAUUAAAUUAGCGAGUUAUUGUUGUUUUUAUGUUUUUUUUUUGUUACUUAUUACAAAUUUAAUACAAUUUCUUUACAUUCAUAAAUUUGGUGUGGAAUUUGUAAACAUGGGAUACGUUCAAAGUCUGUAGAAAAUAUUAAAAAAUAUGAUAUAAAGUCGGUUUGUGGUAUUUGUUUAGACAGUUAUAUGGUAAAAACUUGACUAAAAUAAUGGUGAAAGCAUGUAAUUGUGCUGCUAGAGAAAAUUAAAGUGAAACGUUCAGUUAAUUAACAACAGAAUUAGAUUUUUCUGUUAUUUAUCUAGUACACAAUCAUGUAACUUAAAUCACCUUCGAUGUCAGGUGGAAAUUAUGAAAAAUUCAGCAAACAAUCGAUAUCCAAUUUUUUUCAUUAAACUGAACAAGAUAUCUGUUUUUAUUAAAUGUAGAAAAUGCGCGUUUAUUGUGUUUUCAUCUAAAAUUACUGGCGCCGUUCAUGUCAUUGUAUAGAUUUUCACCUUCACCUUGUAAUAAACAAGAACAUAAA